AUGCAGAUGGACAGUGAAUUGGUCAGUGCAAUUGGGAGAGGUUUGUGUGUUCUGGUGGGAAUCAAGAGAAGUGACAACCAAUCAGACAUUGAAUACAUGGUUCGAAAAGUUCUGAACACCCGAUUAUUUGAAGAUGAUAAUGGCAAGAGGUGGAAUGUGAGUGUGAAGGAGAAACGGUAUGAGAUAUUAUGUGUGAGCCAGUUCACACUCUAUGGGAUAUUGAAGGGCAAUCGACUGGACUUUCACAAUGCAAUGAGUGGAGAGGAUUCACAGGCAUUCUAUGAAAAAUUUCUGGCUGAACUAAGGAGUCAGUAUGAUCCAGAUCUUGUCAAAGAUGGAAGAUUUGGUGCAUACAUGCAAGUUGACAUUGUGAAUGAUGGACCAGUCACAAUUGAGCUAGAGUCUCCUGCAAAAAAAGAAGAAUUACAAGCUGCAAUGAAUGGAGAAGUGGUGUGUGGAAUUGGACGUGGUGUCCUUGUACUUCUUGGCAUUCGGAAGCAAGAUACUGUGAAGGACAUUGAGAAAACAGUGAGGUCAUUGUUAGAUGCAGCAAUCUAUGAAGAUGGAGAGGGAGAGAAUUUUAAUGCCACUGUGAAAGAGAAGAAUCUUCCUGUUCUGGUACUGAGUCAGUUUGCCCUUUAUGGUGGUCUCAAUGGGAAUAAGCUCCAGUUUCAUGAGUCAUUGACUGGAGAUAGUGCCCAGCAGCUGUACAAUGACUUCAUUACAACACUCAAGAAAGAAUAUGAUUCUGAUCAAGUACAUGUGAAUGGAGAAGUGGUGUGUGGAAUUGGACGUGGUGUCCUUGUACUUCUUGGCAUUCGGAAGCAAGAUACUGUGAAGGACAUGGAGAAAAUAGUGAGGUCAUUGUUAGAUGCAGCAAUCUAUGAAGAUGGAGAGGGAGAGAAUUUUAAUGCCACUGUGAAAGAGAAGAAUCUUCCUGUUCUGGUACUGAGUCAGUUUGCCCUUUAUGGUGGUCUCAAUGGGAAUAAGCUCCAGUUUCAUGAGUCAUUGACUGGAGAUAGUGCCCAGCAGCUGUACAAUGACUUCAUUACAACACUCAAGAAAGAAUAUGAUUCUGAUCAAGUACAUGAUGGAGUGUUUGGAGCUAAAAGGGAAGUCACAGUCAGCCACGAAGGACCCCAUACCUUCUAUUUUGAGUCAAAGUGGAAGUGCGCGCGUGAAGGCAUCGAAGACGACCAGACCUCGGCGAGCUGUCAGGCUUCCACGUGCGAACACUCGAUUGCACCUGACACCGAGGGGAGGAGAGAAGAGGGGCAGGGAAGCCAACGUGGUAGUUCAGAGCACUGGUCCCCUGGUCUUCCGACGAAUCCUAAAGCCAAGUGA